UCAUUGCUGCCCAUAGCAGGCUGUGAUAAGCUGUGCUAUCUAUCUCUCGGGAUGGGGAGUGCAGUGCUGCUUAUUCCUGACUCAGAAUAAGAACACGAGGUUGCUAUAUAACCGCAGGCUUUGCUGUGGCAGAUCCCCCUGCCCUGCUGCCCGGAUUGGCUGCUCUUCCUGCCUGCUGCUCUGCAUACAGCGUGCUUGGAAUGGCUUCCUGGAGAGGACAUCCCCACAGAACCAAGAUGAGCAGCAGACUCAGUUUCUUUGAGGUGGAAAUCAGAGACUUGGAAACAAGACAGCAUUUGUGCUUUCUAGAUAAGGUAGAACCAAACUUAACAAUCGGGGAUGUAAAGCAGAUGUUUCAUGCGUGUUAUCCCAAGUGGUAUCCAGCAAGACAAUCUAUGCAGUUGGAACCUGGGGGUAGAGCUUUAAAGGAUGAAGAAAUCUUGAAAGAUCUUCCAACUGGAACCACUGCUAUUUUAUAUUUUAAAGACUUGGGUUCUCAUCUUGGAUAUACAACGAUAUUUCUUGCGGAAUACUCGGGGCCUCUCUUGGUUUAUUUUUUGUUUUAUUUAAGGCUGCCUGUUUUCUAUGGCACAACAAAUACCUUAACAUCCAGUCCACAUUCAGUAAUACACUUAGCUUGCUGUUGUCAUACUUUCCACUAUAUCAAAAAAGCAAUUGAAGUUUUAUUUGUGCAUCGGUUUACCCAUGGGACUAUGCCAUUAAGGAACAUGAUAAAGAACUCUUAUUAUUACUUGGGAUUUACAGCCUGGUUUGCAUAUUAUAUCAAUCACCCGCUAUACACACCACCUAGUUUUGGAAAAAUACAGAUUGCUUUGUCCUUGAUCUUGUUCCUGAUAUGUGAAACGGGCAACUUCUCUGUUCAUGUAGCACUCAACAGCAUGAAAGCAGAUGUUCCAAAAGCCCAAAGAUUCCCUCAAGCAACUAGGAAUCCUUUUACCUGGCUUUAUGUCUUUGUGUCCUGCCCUAACUACACAUAUGAGAUGGGAAGCUUGAUUAGUUUUGCAAUAAUGACUCAAUGUAUACCAGCUGGAGUAUACGCAUUCAUUCGUUUCUUUCAGCUGACCAUUUGGGCAAGAGAAAAACAUCAUAAAUAUCUGAAAGACUUUAAGGAGUAUCCGAGAUUUAGAACAUCCAUCAUACCCCUUAUUCUGUGACGAUGAGCA